AAGCUGGCGGCCGGGCUGGCCGGCCUGCGCUGGAGCAUGGGCGCCUUCCCGCUCGACCUCAUCGUCAGCCGCUGCCGCCUGCCCACGCUCGCCUGCCUCGGGCCAGGGGAGUAUGCCGAGGGUGUCAGUGAGAGAGACAUCCUGCUCAUUCACUCCUGCCGCCAGUGGACAACAGUGACAGCCCAUACCCUGGAGGAGGGCCACUACGUCAUCGGACCCAAGAUUGACAUCCCCCUGCAGUACCCAGGGAAGUUCAAGCUCCUGGAGCAGGCCCGGGAUGUGCGGGAGCCAGUGAGGUACUUCAGCAGCGUGGAGGAGGUGGCCAGCGUCUUCCCUGACCGCAUCUUUGUGAUGGAAGCCAUCACCUUCAGCGUCAAGGUGGUGUCGGGCGAAUUCAGCGAGGACAGCGAGGUGUACAACUUCACGCUGCACGCGGGCGACGAGCUCACUCUCAUGGGCCAGGCGGAGAUCCUGUGCGCCAAGACCACCAAGGAGCGCUCGCGCUUCACCACGCUGCUGCGCAAGCUGGGCCGGGCCGGGGCGCUGGCCGGGGUGGGCGGCGGCGGUGAAGGGGAUGGAGAAGGUAGUAACCUUAGCUGCUCUGAAAGCCCUCACAGUAAUUCAGAUAGAGCACUGUGUCUCAACCUUGGCAUUACUGACAUUCUGGAUUUGAUUACUGAGCUGUGGACGCACCAGGCGGCCGACGGCCUCGCCGAGGGCCGGGCUCGGCCGCCGCCCGGGCCCGACCUCAUCUCCUUCGUGGCCGCUGGGCCGCCCCGCCUGGAGCCCGAGGCCCCGCCGCCUCCUGUCCCCCCCAAGUCCGAGGCGGUGAAGGAGGAGUGCCGCCUGCUCAAUGCCCCCCCUGUGCCUCCCCGGGGUGGCAGCGGCCGGCUCUCGGGCAGCCCCCCGGUGCCCCCACGCUUCCCCAAGCUGCAGCCCGGCCGCUCACCUAGCUCCAGCCUCCCCUACUACUCGUCUGGCCUCCAGGACGGGACAGGGUCUCGCAGUGGCAGUGGCUCUCCGUCACCGGACGCCUACUCCCUUUAUUGCUACCCAUGCACCUGGGGAGACUGCAAGGCGGGCGAGUCCUCCAGCCGCCCACCCCCGGCACCCCUGCCCUCGACCACGCAGCCCAGCCAGGCCGCCCGGGCCCUUGCAGAGCCCCUGAGCGGUCGAGCCACCUCCCUCUUGGGAGCGGACACCCCUGUCAAGGCCUACCACAGCUGCCCGCCUCUGUUCAAGCCCUCUCACCCCCAGAAACGCUUUGCUCCGUUUGGAGCUCUCAACCCCUUUUCGGGGCCUGCCUACCCCUCCGGCCCUUCAGCGGCCUCCUCUUCUGGGCCCACCACCAGCUCGGGUCCCCUGGCUACCUCCAGCCCUGCUUUUCCCCCAGGCCCAGGCUCACCAGGCCAGGCCUAUUCAGCUGCUCCCACCUCGUGUCCCACCUCCUCCUCCUCCUCCUCUGAGUGGCAGGAACCAGCCCUGGAGCCCUUUGAUCCCUUUGAGCUGGGCCAGGGCAGUUCUCCAGAGCCCGAGCUGCUCCGCUGUCAGGAGCCCAGAGCUGUGGGGGCACCCUGCCUCUCGCCACUUGGACCCCCCAAGGCCUUUGAACCCGAAGGUUUGGUGCUGCGGCAGGUCCCCACCCCGCUGUCACUGGUGGCCCUGCAGGGGCCCGAGGCAGGCGGAGGACGGCUCCUUCUCACCCAAGGGCGCUUGGAAGGGCCUCCUGCCAGUCCCCGGGAGGGGGCUGCAGGCUGGGGAGGCCGGGAUGCCUCCUCCUGGCAGCCUCCUGCUGACCUGUCUGCGCUCUCCCUGGAAGAAGUCUCUCGAAGUCUGCGUUUCAUCGGGCUCUCAGAGGAUGUGGUGAGCUUCUUUGCCCGAGAACGCAUUGAUGGCAGCAUCUUUGUGCAACUCAGUGAGGACAUCCUGGCAGAUGACUUCCACCUCACCAAGCUGCAGGUCAAGAAGAUCAUGCAGUUCAUCAAAGGCUGGCGGCCCAAGAUCUGAGGUUCCCAGCUUGUAGCCGCACAGCUGGAACGCUGGCGCAGAGGCCGCGGGGGUUAGCCCCGGGUCUGCUGGGGGGGCAGCGCGCCCGAGCAGGUCCUCCUGCCAGGAGAAUCUGCCGAGACUGAGGCAGCCAGGCAGCCCCUCCGAGUGAAUCCAGGGGAGACACACUUGGAAAUGGGGACGUCUGGCCUUUGUGCCGAGUGAGUGGGGAGGGGGCUGAAGGCACAGUGCGCACCUGGGCCUGGGGACACGUUGCUGUGAUUCCCACGGUGGGGGAGGGGGUGUUUGUCAUCCCCUGUCCUGAUGCAGAGCUUCACAGAUAUCUGGCACUUCUCAAGCUUGUAGGUUCCGGUUAGAGACCAGGGAAGAAGAUGGUCCGUAAUUUAAGCACAAAUUCCCCAAGUGCCCCCCCCCGCUCUUGUGCUCUGUGGGCUUUUGGCCUUAGCUGCCCCAGAGUCCGGGGCCGUUCCUGUAUGUCUGGGAGGCCCUUCCUUUCUGCUUCUAUGAAUUCGGGCCCUGGCCCCAAGCACGGGCAGCUCAAGGACGAGCCAGGUGCCAGCGGGCGGGUGAGGACUCCGGGGGAGCCCAGCUCUGCUGCUGCCCUGCUCGUCUAGUUAGGGAGGCAGAUGUUCCCCUGCUGUCGCCAGUGCCCGGGCUUCUGCCUCCCGUCCUGCCGGGUGGGGUCCGGUCUGAGAAGAUUCUCACUCGGUGGAAGAGCAGGUAGAUUGCGGUCAGCUGCUCCUGGAUUCUGGAGGCAAGUGGCCUUCACUCACUCCCACUUCCGCCCGUCUCCUGCCCCCUUCACUGGACUGUGGCAAACACAUGCUGGCCUUCUCUGGUUUUCUGCCACCGCACAGGUGGGUUGGGUGGGAAAGAGAAAGCACCGUGGUUUGGGAAGACGGGCUUUCUCCCUGCUCCUGGAGCUCAGGCUUCCUGCGCGUGUUCGUCGCCUCUCGUCAGGUCUCCGGGGCCUGGCUGGUGGGCAUGGAGACCUGCUGGCACCUGGAGCAGGCUGGCCACUGUGGCCAACCGCCCAUCUGCCUGGAGCCGCACCAGCUCCCCUCACGCCACUGGCGGCAGGCCCCAGACCGACCAGCCUUCUCUUCUGCCUUACCUAGCCUACCUAGAUAUUUAUUUCCUCCGUUUUUCUCUUAAGCGUAGUGAAGCCAUGCUGGUGCUCGAGCCCCGAGCAGACGCCUCCGGCUCCAGGGAGGGGGAGUCAGAAGUCGAGCACACACACUGUGAUGCUCAAGCAUUGGGUUUCCUUGCCGAUCACUCUGUGAAUCCUCAAGGACUCGUGAAAUAAAUGCUAGAGCACUCAA